UCUCGCCAAUGUUGCUGGCUUCACACCAGUCAGUUUCGUUCCUGAAAACACAUUCAACAUGCGAGAGAAAGCAACGGGCUGCAGGUACAUUCUAAGUAUUUAUGUAGUAUUAUUAUGUACCGAAGUUUGUUUUAGUUAUUAUAAAUGUUUCACAACGCAUAUGGGUUAUGCUACGUCCACGUUUUUGGUAUGUCGUCGUGCUAUGGGUGCACAUCCAAGAUAACAGAGAACUGAUUCUCAGCUGUUCUGGUUACUGCAAUGAAUGGUAACACUAUCCAUCAGGCUACGACCACAGCUUUGGUUGCAGUGCCUCGUGGCUGGAGGGAGUUCUGCGAGUUGCAUGCCAUUGCCACGGCCCGAGAACUAGCCAACCACUACCGGAACUUUGCCAGGGAGUGGCCAGUGCACAAUGUCGUCCCCCCGGACAGCUUCUCCAAGCAGUUCAGUGAGCUGUUCCAGCAGCACUUCCACAGUGAGGUGGCCAAAGAAGUCCCUGCAUCGACCCCUACCCCCAUGAUGGGCCGGCUCCGCAUCACCACCUCCUCCGAGGCGCUGGACUACAGGGAGGCGGGCCGGUCUGGCGUUCUGGCCCCAAAGACGGAGCCCGUGCCGGUGAGCCGGGAGCAGGGGAACCCCAUCCGGUGCUCGGCAGCCAACCCGGUGCUACGAGCUCGAGCUCCCAUCCAGAGCCGCAGCCAGGAGGAGGUGACUGUGUCGGAGGGGCGGCCUGCGUCUGAACGGUACAUCCCCACCUCAACUUCCUUCACUGCUGCUGAAGUUACACACUUCUCCGUCAGCCAGAUCAGGAAAAGCGUGUGCCGGCUCUUUAAGAAGCCCCCGCCGCCCCUUCAGGACCUGCAGCCCAGCAGGCUGGUGGACAGGGGAAUGGGUGGGGCGCUGGAGGAAGUGACGGCCUUAUCGUCGUCAGCGCUGACUGGGAACCCCUCCCACGAGACCACGCCCUCUGCCUCCCCCACGUCGACCCACUUCCUAGAACGGCUGAAUAGCAGGUUUGUCCGUAGGCAGAGUGGGAAGCGCAGGCCGCAGGCUGCAAGCAGCUGCAAGGAGGGCCAGCUGAAGUACCUGGUGGUUGACGACACUAUCUCGGACACACAGCAUCGUUGGCAGCGCUGCCGCCUGCUUGUGAGGAAGAUCAGAGAGGGCCUGGCAGGAGAGAGGUUCCAGCUGGAGCUCUACGACCCCCCCAAGGGCUCCAGUCCUAAACUGACAGCACGUUGCUCAGACAUCCUGGAGAUCCGCCGCUGCAACUGUCUGGAGAUGCCGGACAACACAAACACGUUUGUUCUAAAGGUUAAUCACUAUCCAGGUAGUCUCAUAUUUGAGACCGACAAUGACCAACAGGUCAGCUCCUGGACAACAGAAAUUAAAGAAUGGAUAAACAACAGGUCUGGGAGCGGGGAUUUGGAACGCCUAACCUACCCUGCGGAUAAUGCUGCGACGGCCAACCGGAGAGGGAGCUCCGAGUCAGGGAGUCAGGGCUCUGCGACCUUUGCCCUCUCGGAGCAGGUGUACCAUAAGACUGACCACUUCCUGUGUUUGUACCCAUGGUUCCAUGGCCCCAUCUCGCGGGUCAAGGCGGCCCACCUGGUCCAGAACUCGGGCCUGGAGGGCCACGGAGUCUUCCUGGUGAGGCAGAGUGAGACCCGCCGCGGAGACUAUGUCCUCACCUUCAACUACCAGGGCAAGGCCAAGCACCUGCGUCUGUCUCUAACAGAGUGUGGUCAGUGUAGGGUGCAGCAUCUGCGCUUCCCCUCCGUCAUGGACAUGCUCAGUCACUUCCGCCUCUACCCCAUACCCCUGGAGUGUGUCGCCGCCUGCGAUGUCACCCUCACCAGCUUUGUGGUGGCCAAUUCUACCGCACAAGGUCAGAGUUCAUCCGCUGUCCUGGUUCCUUUCUCCCUGCACCGCUGGAGCUCCGAACCCAGCCUAGCCCACUGCAGCCCCAGCCUGCUCCCCUCUCCAGACCCCCUUCCCCAGCCCAGGCUCCCUCUCCUACGCCCUGCGCCCUUCCCAGACCUUUCCACCUCGGGUCCCCUGCGUCGAAGCGAGUCUGUGGACCGCAGACCUAUUCUGCGUCACACCAACCCCCACCCACCCCUCCUCACUCAACGGGACUCCGACUACGAACUGGAGCCAGACAGAGGCCGCAAGCGGGCCAUCGACAACCAGUACAUGUUCCUCUAACUGAAGCCAGACUGGGGCCACAAGCGGUCCAUCAACAACCAGUACAUGUUCCUCUAAUUGGUGGACUCCCGGUCACAGCCGACCCAGUGGUGGCUCUGAGACUCCAAAUGAGCGAAGGACAGACUCAUGAGUGAACGUGAAUGCCACAGUGGAGGUCUGUCUCGUGGGCUGGGUGUCAGAGGUCCUACCCGAGUGUCCAUUGUGAAUGUAUUUUUUAGGAAAGUGUCUAAUCUUGUUAUGAUUGUCAUUUUCUGAAGCGGCUGUCGUGGUCCUUCUAAGGGACGUUGCUACAUGGAAGGUCUUCUCUCAGUCCCUCCCUUCUAUAGGGGUCUGUUCACUCCCUCCACACAUACACUCCAUUUAAGUGAAUUCUAAUGUUAUUUGAUACCCUGUGUAUUAGUGUAUCUCAAAUGCACACAUUGUGUAUUUUAGUACGCAGACUAUUUUUGUAGGAAUAUGAAAGUGUUCAAAAAUAAAUAAUUAAAAAAAACUGAACUGUGAUGAGCUUAGGGCUGUUACAGUGACGAGUCAUGACCACAGUCAAAUUCCAUGUGACUAACCUUCUCAAACUGCGCUCUGAUGGUUAGUAGCCUACCAAACAUGCCAGUCGCUCAGCACUAUUGUCCCUCUAAUCACUCUGACAUCAAUGCAAAUCAAACACUUCAUGAGAGCUCAUGUUGCACAACAUUUUUAUAGGCUAUGCAAUUGCGUGAGAAAAGCGUUUUGAUGGCCUCUAAUAAAAAGAGGCACAGCUUUCUAUAAUCUAGGCCUACUAAAUUAUUUCUCAACUUUCCUAAUAUUAAGCACAUUGCUUUUCUUUACAACAUGAGUAUAGCCUAACUGGCUGUAAUGAAAAUGAACCACGGGAAAAGCAACCUCCAUUCGCUAUUUUAAGUGCGUAGAUUACAUUUACCCCCCCCUUCCGACAGGUGCAAGAUAAUGGUUCAUUAAGUAAAGACAAGAUUAGUCUGAUGGGUGACAGUAUUUGGUUAUCACCCAUGAAUGAUGCCCAGGGUGUGCAAUAAGGUAAGAAACGGAGCAGGUUUUGUUUUUUUGCAACUUUUUCUAAUCAUAGUCGCCCAUUAUUACGGUGUAGAGACCAACUGACAUACAGUACCGUUCUAAAGUUUGGGGUCACUUAGACAUGUCCUCGUUUUUG